AGUUCUCGGGGAUAUUCAGCGUGAACACAGUGUGACAAGGCUGGCCCUUUGAAUUACAGACACAACAGAAACAGGAAGUAAGAGUGAGAGAAAGUUGUGGUGAAAGAGUACAGCAGGGUUCGCCACCAUCCCCUGCCGGAGCCUCGUGGAGCUUUAGGUGUUUUCGCUCAAUAAACACUCACAGUGCCCGGUCUGGGAAUCGAAACCGCGAAUCCGCUGCCCUAACCACUGGGCCAUUGCGCCUCCACCGUUCCUAUAUAACAUGGAAGUCAAAGAAGACACGGAAAGAAAUAGUGAAGAUUAAUCUCUGGAGACUGAACUCCACGACGAAAAUGAUAAGGCAUUGAAUUCGACCAACAUACGUAAACAAAGAAAAACGGACGUGAACAUGAGGGCGGGGUGGUGGAGAUCGGAUGGAUAACAUCUCUGGUUAUCUUCCGAUCAUCAUAUUCAUAUUAAGUCUCUAUAUAUUUCUUUACCAUUUCAUCAUUAUUCUUUUCAUCUAUUUCUCACUUUCUCUCCUAUUUAUAUAUUUUGUAUCGAAACUGCGGCGAAAGAUAUGAAAUUUGCUUCGUUGCAUAGUUUUGACAAGAUUCGAAUUUUUCAUAGCUUGGUGAAAGAUACAACCCGCUAUAUUCACUGUUUACACCUGUGAAAGAUAUCAAAUAAGAGUGGCAUAAAUGGUAACAGCUGAUGGAAAUAUCAUCAUCAUCAUCGUUUAACGUCCGCUUUCCAUGCUAGCAUGGGUUGGACGAUUUGACUGAGGACUGGUGAAACCGGAUGGCAACACCAGGCUCCAGUCUGAUUUGGCAGAGUUUCUACAGCUGGAUGCCAAAUAUUUGUUAUAUAUAAAAAAGAAGAAAAUCCUGAAUAUAUAUAUAUAUAUAGAGAGAGAGAGGUUACAGAAGAUUAUGGAAAAUGAAUUAUGUGAGGACCAGAUUGACUGUACAAUAGAGUCCAAAAAAUUUGAUUUUCCUGACGUGCUGAGAGAGAAAAGAAAAACAUUAUACCACUGUGAUGUCUGUAAAAAGCCAUUCUCUCAAAAAAGUAACUUAACAACUCACAAACGUAUUCACACAGGUGAAAGGCCAUAUGGCUGUGAUGUCUGCAGUAAAUCAUUCUCAGGAAAAGGUGAUUUAAUUAAACACAAAUACAUUCAUACAGGAGAGAAACCCUAUCACUGUGAUAUCUGUGGUAAGUCAUUUGCUCAAAGUGGUGGCUUAACUAAACAUAAACGCACUCAUACAGGAGAAAAACCAUAUCACUGUGAUGUAUGUGACAAGUCAUUCACUCAAAAGAAUUACUUGGCUACUCACAAAUAUAUUCACACAGGGGAGAAGCCAUAUCAUUGUGAUAUCUGUGGAAAAUCGUUUUCUGGAAGUUAUAGAUUAACUCAACACAAGUAUAUUCAUACAGGAGAAAAGACCUAUCACUGUCAUAUCUGUGGGAAAUCAUUUUUCGUAAGUGGUCACUUAACUACACAUGUACGCACUCACACAGGAGAGAAACCAUAUCACUGUGAUAUCUGUAGUAAAUCUUUUGCUUUAAAAUCAAACUUAACUGCUCACAAAUACAUUCAUACAGGAGAGCAGCCAUAUCACUGUAAAAUAUGCGGUAAAGCAUUUUCUCAAAGAAGUAACUUAACUACUCAUAAAAAUAUACAUACAGGAGAGAAACCAUAUCAAUGUGAUGUUUGUGGCAAAUCAUUCUCUAGAAGUUAUGACAUAAUUAAGCACAAACGCAUUCAUUCAGGACAGAAACUAUAUCGUUGUGAUAUAUGUGAUAAAACAUUCUAUGAAAAAGGUCAUUUAAUUACUCACAGACGCAUUCAUACAGGGGAGAAACCAUAUCACUGUGACAUCUGUGGUAAAUCAUUCACUGAAACUGGUCACUUAACUACACACAAACGUAUUCAUACAGGAGAGAAGCCAUAUCACUGUGAUGUCUGUGAUAAAUCAUUCUCUCAAAUAUCUAGCUUCAUUCGACACAAACCCAUUCAUACAGGAGAGAUCCCGUAUCACUGUGAUAUCUGUGGUAAAUCAUUUUCUCGAAAUGAUCACUUGACUAGACACAAACGCAUUCAUUCAAGAGAGAAGCCAUGCUAUUGAUAUAUGUGGUACAUCAUUCUUUAAUCAAGUUCACUACAUUUACAUGUAUUGAUACAUAAGCUUAAUCAUAUCAUUGGCAUUCUAUAAAAAGAUUCUUAACAACAAAUGUUCUCAUUCAGGAAAGAAGAUAUAACAGUGUAAUAACAAUGUUCCAAAGUAUAUUUUAUAUGACCACAACUGUACAUUGCUGAGAUAACUUACAAUUAUGAUAUUUUUAAUAAAAUGAUUCCUUCAAAAAACUCAAAGGAGAAAUGAUUCCAAUGAUUCAUUUUGACACUGGGUAAACAAAGAAUGUCUUUUCAGAAGUCAAGGCUGAUCUCCUUCUACAGUUAUGCUAUGAAUAAAUGCACAAAUCAUAAAAGAAAAUAUUUUCUUAUAACAUGGUAGGGUAUCAUAUUUAUAUUCUGUAUCUAAUAUACAUUAGGGUUUAAAUUUUUAUUAUGUAUUUAUCCCAUCAAUGGAAUGAUUUUGUUGUUGGUAAAAAUUAUAUAAUUUUAUUAAAUUUUUUUGCUUUGAUACCUCAUCACAACCAUCUUAUCUUCCCAAUUCUAUUAUCAUGUUGGGUAACCAUGUAUCUUCUCUAUAGCUAAACAUCUGCACUUGUCUAUCUAUCACCUCAGAUAAAGCUAUCUUCCUGUCUCAGAUACUUCUCUCUCCACACUUAAUAGAUGUAUUAAAUUACAAGCAAGCAUGCAUGCAAGCAACCAAAGAGUUUUAGUGGUAUAUAGAUAGAUAUAUAAAUACUUUUGUGUAUGUGUGAGAGAGAGAGAGAUGAAAAACUAAGCACAAAAAAGACAGGUUAAAAGGACAUGAAUACAAUCUCUCUUCAUUUGCUGUUAGUUGAAGGUUGCAAUUUCAGCACAUUUAACAACAGAAUUGCUUGCUUCAGUGUGCCAGUAGAUACAUGGAAAAUGUUACAAGGGAAUGGUGCAAUGAAGACAAGGUGAUAAAAAGCACUAGGACAACAGGAUGUGAGGUUUUGUAUCUACACUAUUGUGAGACAAGAUGACAAUUUAUGAAAAAUUUGGUACUAUAAAUAUUUAAACCACUUUUGAGGAUUGUAUGUCACCAUUAUCUCUUUCCAUUUUGGACUGCUUGUUACAUCAAAAUAUUAAUCUUUGAAGGUAAAAAUUGUAUUAAAUAUCAUUUACUCUUUUGAUUCCAAUCCACCUGAGAAAACCACCCCUGCUUCUAUGAUUGAAAUUUUCUAUUCUAAAGUGAUCUAAAUCAAAACCUUCUAUCAAAAUUUCAUUUUAAUAUAUGUUCUGAACACCAAAAUGAUAAUGACAAAAUUAUUUUACUACAUUCUUCAUACUCCUGGUACUCUUGUAGUUUCCUCAUUAUAAAGGGCAUCAAUACUUCUCUCAGACAUUUGACUGAGCUUCAUUCAUCUACAUUAAUUCUCAUUCAAAUCAAGCAAGCUUCAAUUUUUCCUGUAAUUUUCAUAGCCUGAUUCAGCAGUUUGACAUAUCUGGUAUUACCUUUUUUUCUGUUGCAGCUGGAUAUGACACCUUCCUGAACUACGUGACUGAUCAUAUUAAAUUAUCAAAUAAGAUGAAUUAAAACUGACUUACGAAGAAUACUUUUCUAUUUAAAUUUGCUAUUUUUUUGAAAACUUUUGCUACUUUUGAUGUUAUUGAUCUGGCAAGCUUGACCUUACAAGCAAGUGCUGUGGAUCUGGGACUCAGAGUUAAUAAAAAAGAACCUUGUCGCACAAAC